AUGGAGCCAUUUCAGGUGCGCCUCAACUGUAUCGAUCAUUAUCAGGCGACCGCGUCGGAAUUAGACCCUCCGCUACCUUUACGCGUAGGCGGGCCUGAGAAAGAUUACAAGCCCAAGGUGCCCGUAAUUCGGGUUUUUGGUGCCACUGAAACAGGGCAGCGAGUCUGCGUUCAUGUUCAUGGCGCAUUUCCAUAUCUCUAUAUUGAAUACAAUGGGUCAUUGGCACCAGAAGACGUGAACUCCGCGAUCCGAAGUCUUCAUCUCUCGAUCGACCAUGCCCUGGCUAUCAGCUUCCGUCGGAAUGCAUACGACCGAAGGACCGCUUUUGUGGCGCAUAUCACCCUGGUGAAAGGUGUUCCAUUCUAUGGAUACCACGUGGGAUGGCGGUUCUUCUUUAAAAUCUACCUCUUGAACCCAUGGCAUAUGAAUCGCCUUGAAGAUCUUCUGCACCAGGGAGCUGUGUUAAAACAGCCCCUCCAACCGUACGAGGCGCACAUGCAAUACGUCCCGCAAUGGAUGUGUGACUAUAACUUGUACGGAUGCGCCAUCAUGAAUUGUGCCAAUGUGAAGUUUCGAGCACCGGUGCCUGAGUAUCUUGAACUCAGCAAUCUCGAUCAUCGCUGGCACGACCGUUCAAUCCGACCCGAGAGUAUUCUUCAGGACCCUGAACUUCAGAAACAAAGCAAUUGUCCGCUAGAGGUCGAUAUCUGCGUAGAAGACAUUCUGAACCGAUUGGAUAUCAAAGAACGACCGCUACAUCAUGACUUUACCGAGCUACUGAAACCGGCUGCAUUCAACGAGCGACUUGUUCCGAGCAUGGCUGGAUUAUGGCAGGAUGAAACUCGCAGACUUCAGAGGAGGAUGGGCAUACUUGAUCCUGGCAGUACUCCAUUUGGACCCGAAGAAUUGAUUUCAAUGUCUGCGGACCCAAGAAAUCAAUCGAGGGGAGGCUGGAUACACGAGGAAGAGUUCCGUGAGAUGGCCUCAGAACUUAUUGCCAACGAGAAACGCGAGGAUGGGAACAGAGAGAUUUCAUUUGAGACCUUCCUUGAUAUUGAGGAUCAGGAGAAAAACGUGAAGACAACUUUGGAUAGUGUCGAAGAUUUUUACCCUGGCAAAAUCGGUGUUAGUACUUCUGGUGAAAUUCAAUACCAAGAAUCUACCAGACAGACUGCGCCAGAAAUCUCGGUUGAUGAGAGCCUUGCUUUGUCCUCCCAAACCAAUGGACAAUAUCAUUCAGUUGAUGACAGUGGAGGCGAGGUUUCGGGCGAAGAAACGGAACACGAACCCGACUUGAAGGAGGAGGGACCCUUAGGCGAUAGCUUCUACGAUGGAGUAUUCGACGAAUUCCCCCUUCCCGAUAUUUCGGCACCCACGCAGUUCGCCCAAUCGAAUGUUUUGAAAACAGGAUCAAACAAGACAGUCGAGGAAGCGUCUUCGAACGAGGUAGACCGAUCUCACGAAUCGAGACCAAGGCAUUACAGCCAUAGCGGAACAGUCGCCCACAAAAGGCAACGCUUCGAGACCUUCGAGUCAGACGACCCCCUGAAUAAAAAACACAGGCCUCUUACCAAUGGCGCGAAGCCCGACAGCCGAGGGGGAACUCACGAUGGGGGCCAAAAACAGCAAACAGUUUCAUUUGAGGGCGAACUUGGCACGCCUCCUGGAACUGCAUCGGGACCUAGGUCAUCUUCCUCGCAAAGAACGGUCCGUCCGAAAUCACAUAGUCAUAAUAGCCGGCUGAAAUAUCCGGUUGUUAAAGAUCCCAAUGAUCCUUUGACCAUUAUGCGGUUCAGCCAGGAAGAUGGCCAAUGCUCCCAGAAGGGCUCGAAUUCCUCCCUACAGAUUUCGAGCUCGUUGCCUUCAGGAUCUACCCCUGAAGUUUCAAGUAAAGUCAGUGGAAUUGCGAGCUCUUCAGAUCUACAUUCUUCUUCAACAGUGACGCCAAUCUCACUCGAUCCACAUCUUGCCGAGACCAUCAGAAACAUUCAUAGCGCAUUUAAUAUUUCCAGAAACACUCGUUUGAGUUGUUUCAGAUUCGCAAGCCCAACCUCGAAGAAGGUUGCUUCAACGAUAAAUGACUAUGGGCGCCCUUCCGUUGUAUACCAGAAAGCGUACUACAGUGACGAGACAGAUGUUCCUGACAGACCGAGAGAAUACGGCGGCAGAGAGUUCCGGCUGGAGAGCGACACCAUUCACUACCUCCCCGACUUUGAGACUACAGCAGAGGCUCCUGCAAUGUUCGGCGAACAGUUACCCACAACCUAUAACCAGGAACAACAAGCUAGAACUGAUCAGAAGCUUCGAGAAGAGUGUUCUGCGAGAGUCUGGGAGUUUGCUCCUCUUCCACCUAGCCGGUCAGAAGUUAGCAAGUGGUUCGAGGACAUGGAAGCCUCUCAAGCGUCCGUCUCGGGAGAGCCCAUUCACCCAAAACCCAUUGAACGAAAACCAGAGGCUCUCUCGCAGAUAGAAGGCCCCACGCAAAAGAACCCACACGGCUUCAAAUACUCACAGAAAAGAAAGUCCACCAGUGUGGAGCAUCAGACUCAAUAUAUGAGCACGAUGAGCAUGGAAGUGCAUGUGAACACGCGCGGAACCCUCUUGGCAAACCCCGAGGAAGAUGAGAUUACAUGCAUGUUCUGGUGCAUCCAAUCUGAAGAUGAUGAACUCGAGGUCAAUAGCCAUCUUCCCGGCGUCCAUGUUGGGAUAAUUUAUCAAGGUGAAGGAGAAAGGCCAGAAGACAAAAUAUCUAAGGUGUUGACAGUUGAAGCGGAGCAUGAGCCUACCGAGCUGGAUUUGAUAAACCGACUGGUUGACAUUGUUCGGUACUAUGAUCCAGACAUCAUCACGGGGUACGAGGUUCACAAUGCCUCCUGGGGAUAUGUGAUAGAACGGGCUCGCAAGAAGUACGACUUUGAUAUCUGCGAGGAGCUGUCCAGGACCAAGUCUCAAUCCCAUGGAAGAUUUGGGAAGGAGGCAAAUAAAUGGGGACACGACCAUUCAUCUUCUAUUACCAUCACAGGCCGGCAUAUGUUCAACAUCUGGCGCGCCAUGAAAGGAGAGCUGAACCUGCUGCAGUAUACAAUGGAAAAUGUCGUCUUCCAUCUCUUACACCGUCGCAUUCCCCACUAUUCUCCUCGGGACCUGACGCAGUGGUACCAGAGCGGGAAGCCUCGCAAUCUACUCAAGGUCAUGGAUUACUUCAUUUCACGUGUGCAGCUGAAUUUGGAAAUUCUUGAGGGCAAUGAGUUGACACCACGAACGAGUGAGCAAGCACGAUUGCUAGGUAUCGAUUUUGCCUCAGUGAUGUCUCGAGGCUCGCAAUUCAAAGUUGAGUCUUUGAUGUUCCGGAUCGCAAAACCAGAGAACUUUUUGCUAGUUUCACCGAGCAAAAAGCAGGUCGGACAGCAAAAUGCGUUGGAAUGCCUGCCACUGGUCAUGGAGCCACAAAGUGAUUUCUACACAAGUCCGCUGCUGGUACUUGAUUUUCAAUCACUGUACCCGAGUGUCAUGAUUGCGUACAAUUACUGUUAUUCGACGUUCCUUGGCAGAGCAGCACAUUGGCGUGGAAGGGACAAGAUGGGUAUCAAGGAUUAUCAGCGACAGCCAAGGCUUUUGGAGUUACUCAAAGACAAGAUCAAUAUCGCACCCAACGGCAUGAUGUAUGCAAACCAGGAAGCGCGUCAAUCAUUAUUGGCCAAAAUGCUCUCAGAGAUCCUCGAGACUCGAGUGAUGGUCAAGACUGGUAUGAAGGCCGACAAAGAUGAUACGAUGUUGCAACGACUUUUGAAUAACAGACAGUUGGCACUCAAGCUCAUCGCCAACGUUACGUAUGGAUAUACGUCUGCUUCGUUCUCCGGACGGAUGCCCUGUUCAGAAAUUGCCGACAGCAUCGUCCAAACUGGACGAGAAACACUGGAGAAAGCCAUCGCAUUCAUUCACUCUGUUGAACGCUGGGGUGCCGAAGUAGUCUACGGCGACACAGACAGUCUAUUCGUCUACCUGAAAGGUCGCACCCGAGAUCAGGCCUUCGACAUUGGCGAAGAGAUUGCCCAAGCAGUAACAGAUAUAAACCCACGACCAGUCAAACUCAAAUUCGAAAAGGUAUACCACCCUUGUGUACUCUUAGCUAAGAAGCGCUACGUCGGCUUCAAAUACGAGCACCGCACACAAACAGAGCCCGAAUUCGAUGCCAAAGGCAUUGAAACUGUCCGGCGUGACGGCACACCCGCCGAACAAAAGAUCGAAGAAAAGGCUCUGAAGACCCUGUUCCGCACGGCAGAUCUCAGCCAAGUGAAAUCCUACUUCCAGCGCCAAUGUGCCAAGAUAAUGCAAGGCCGCGUCUCUAUUCAAGACUUCUGCUUCGCGAAAGAGGUUCGCCUAGGUACAUACAGUGAUCGCGGUCAACUCCCCGCUGGUGCCAUGCUUAGCACAAAACGCAUGCUGGAAGAUCCGCGCUCCGAGCCACAGACCAACGAGCGAGUGCCCUACGUUGUUGUCACUGGGGCGCCGGGAUCAAGACUGAUUGACCGCUGCGUCGCGCCUCAGACUUUGCUGCACGAUGCACAAUUAGAGCUAGAUACGGAGUACUACAUCACGAAGAACUUGAUUCCUCCAUUGGAACGAAUUUUCAACCUUGUGGGCGCAAAUGUUCGUCAAUGGUACGAUGAGAUGCCAAAGGUACGGCGGAUCCGGCGUGUCGAUGCGUCAGCCUUUUCAAACCAAAAUCUGAAUCUGAACGCUGGUUUCUUUGGUGCAUCAACGCGGAAGACACUUGAAUCUUACAUGCGGUCGUCCUCGUGUGUCAUCUGUCGAUCUCGGCUGUCUGAUACUACCGAUCCUGUCUGCGAUGAUUGUCUGAAACAACCACAUCUUGCGCUUUUGGAUGUCUCUUCGCGGUUACAGAGGGCCGAGAAGCGGGUUGUUGAAUUGGAGGCUGUGUGUCGUUCUUGUAUGGGUGUCACGCCCGCUGAUGAGGUUAGCUGUGAUAGCAUGGAUUGUCCGGUGUUUUAUUCUCGGACGAGAGAUGCUGCCAAUUUGAGGCAUUCGAAGGACCUUUUGGAGCCUGUUAUUGACCUAUUGGAGCUGAAAGGGGAUGAGGGUUUGGACUGGUAG